CGAGUGGAGCUGUGCACAAGCAACCUUGUGUCACGACUCACAGAGAACGACUUAAUAUGUUUCUGUUUAAUCUGCUCAUCUUCAUUUUGACUCUUAAUGUGUUUAUUGUUGAUUCGGAUGCCGCAAAAUGUAACAAAGGUGAGAAAUUGACGGAAUCCCAUAGAGGCAAACUACUAUGUACGCCGUGUGGGGAAGGAACUUUUCGGGCAACACCAAAGGAUUCUAAAAGUUGUGAUGCAUGCACUCUGUGUGAUGAAGAAUUAGGAAGCUUCAUCAAAGAUAAGUGCACCACAGUGAAAAAUACUGUAUGUGGAUGUCGUGAUGGCUUUGUUCCAUUUUCAAGCGAUUCAGGCGUCUGUAAAUGUGAUAUAGGCUCUGGACUGGAAAAUGGAGUUUGUUCAAAGUGCAAGGAAGGUUAUUUCAACAAGGAUAUUGACAAACCAUGUCAAAAAUGGAAAGACUGUAAGUCUGCAGGGAUUAAACAGGCUGGAAAUUCAACCUCUGACGUUGUGUGUAAGGAGAUGAUAAAUGAUAGUCAGACCACUGUAGCCCCCACAGCAAUCAAAAAGGUUUUCCCCUCACUUUCAACGACACGCCGUCCACAUGAGGGGGCUCCAACACAGACACUCUCAAGUACCACCACAACUACUGUUCAGUUAACCACUGUGAGAAACACAAUGCAGCUCACAAGCAUUCACAUAGGUACGGCCAUUCUCAUUUUGGGAAUUACUGGACUGCUCGGGCUGACAGCAAUGACCUGCAAGCUGCAUGUUACACCCUGCUGGAAGUCAAAACCAGCAGUACAGACCAAAGACUCUUUGUGUCGGAGGCCAGUUGAGGAAAGCGGUGAUGGCAGUGAGUCCUCUUUGAAACUAAACCCAGAGCCGUGAGAUGAAGUUUUUCUUUGACGAAAACCCUCAUCUGAUACUUCAGAGAGCCAUUCCUGGAAAAGUUUAAUUUACUGCCGACCCCUCAGAUCCUCCUUGUAUUGUUUGUUGUGUGUUACAUAAAACACAGAACAUCUGCAUUGUAACAGGUGUGUUUUUAAUCUAUACUGUGGUCAAAAUUUGACAGUUUGUUCUGUGGUAAUACAGUGUAGGAUUUUUGAAUUAUACCUCGCUUUUUAAAACUGUGAAACCAUUCAAGGUAGACAUUUGUAUUCUUGAUGUUAUACUUCUUAGGAGGAAUUAUAAUGGCUGACAUGAUGUAUAUGGUUUUUUUCUCAUAAGUAUACAUUUGCCAGUACUACCUGGUGAAUCUUUUUCUAUAUGCAUUUAUAUGGAGGUUUUAUAGACCUUCUGCUGACAUUAUACAUGCUCUAAUAGGGCUGGGACAACUCUGAGAAAUAUGCACUUUGAACAAUAAUGUGGGUAUAAACUAUAAAACAUACCCUAUACAAAUGUUAAAAAAAACUAUAGAACAAAAUUUCUCUUUUUCAUUUACAUUGCUUUUAAGUUUCUUUGUUGUGUUAUUCAGUGUUUUCUUGGUCUGUUCCAACAGUCGUAUGUCUCUUUUGUACAAGAUAAAAAAAAAAAAAAAUCUGUUUUCAGAAAUAUGUGGGGUGAGGGAAAGUACCACAUGGAGCAAAAUGUGCUUCUUUUUCCCCCCCACCAAGAGUUGCCUCCUCUGUUUUCUUGUUCUGGUGUUUGGAAAGACUGAUAUUGUAAAUGUGAAUACUUUCAUGUUGUUUGUGCCUUGCUGGAAAUAUUUUUCAGAUUAGUGCAGUCAGAGGAGUAUGAAACUUUGCCCUAAUUACCUUUCACCAUUUACCAGAUGAGCACUAAGUAGCUUCAUGCCUGGUUGCGUCUCAGUGAGUUGUAAAAUCGACCCAAAAGGAAACUGCAGAUAUGUUGAUUCAUUCUAAGAAUUGAAGGUUCCUUUCAAGAAGGUGAUAUUGGUUUAGGUAGGAAAAAUAUUUAAAAAUACCAUGACUGGAUUCAUUUUGUAUUUGUUUAUUUUAUUUUACAUUAAAAUGAACAUGUUACAUAUGCAGUGUAAAGUAAAGUGUCCUCUAUUCAAGUUUUUCUGAAAAUGUAUUAUUUAUUGAAAUAAUAUCACUUAUACUGAUGUAAAGUUAUGAACAUUUUACUUCUAUAGCUUUUGGAACUAUGUAUGAGCAAUGGUGGGGUUUUUUUAUACCGAUGACAUCUCUCUGUCUGGCCAAGGGGGAGACACCACAAUGGAAAAACACAAAGCAAAACCAAAACAAUUCUCUGUUGAAUCCUAAAUAGUUUUCCUGCUCAUGUUCAAGUUACUAGUUCAGUAGAGUUGGGCGCCCUCAUGUGGUAUGUAAAGUUU